GGAAAUUGUCAAGAGGAGACAACCAACAGCAGCCCACUCUCGACUCCGCGGUACACCCACUUGUCGCGCCUGGCUCCGUUGAACACUUCGUGCCAGAUCGAGGCAAAUGCACCUCUCCUCUUCACCACAGAAACCUUUCGUUUGCCCAACGUCUGCUCCGCCAUCAAUCGGCGCCCCAUCGGCGACCAAACAGGCGACUCCGGCUCGAUCCAAUUGACCCUGCCCGACGAACCCACUUCGGUCGGUCACGACGCCGGCGGUGGCACCAACAAAAUGGACAUUGGAGCACUGGAUGCUGUCUCCAUGGCACCUCUGCCGUCGAGCCAGUCGAGCGAGCAGAAGCACUUCUACAUUCUGAACACAGGCUUCACUGGUACCGCGGUCAAAUUGCAACCGUUGAUGCAAUCUUCACUACCGCUACCGUUGUCGUUGCCGUUGCCGUUGCCGUUGACGCCACAGCAACAACUGAGCAAGACGGUGCAGCCAAACCAAUACGAGUUAGCCGAGCCGGUACAUUCAACUUCGCUGUACCAGAGCUCGUCAGGCUCGGCGGUAGCAACACUCGGCACAUCGGCAAACACACAAACAGCGGCCGUUGAAAUGACACGCGAGCCGGUGAAACUGGCCAUUCUCCGAUUGCCCGGACAACGGUCACUCACGAGCCAGACUCUCGCGACCGGCACACUGGCUACCCCUUGCAUGCUGGUUCCCAAGGUGACCCAGUCGAAUGGCAUUCUUGGUACAGCAGGCGAGAGGGGCGCCGAAAGUCACAGUGACACCGGUGGCGUUAGAGAAGACUCGGAGAGGACCAGAAGAACUGAGGUGCAAGUCUCAUCAAUUCCAGUAACGACUUACAGUUGCAAAAACAUAUUGGGCACGGUUAUGGACAUGCCCGAGGAUAGCGCAGUGAGUUCAGUAAAAAAUAAAAUCCAGUAUUCUCAUUUAUUGAAUACGAUAAUCUGUGCAUGUAAUUGA